AUGGCGACCUUUCGCCUGGUGAUAGUGGUGACCGUGACCUUCAAAUCACGGAUAGUGAGGGGGCCAAAACUCGAUGUGUUUUCCGGUGGUGAUUACUUCGCCGAUCUCGGUGAUGGUGAUCGCUUCGCUGAUAUCGGUGUUGGUGAUCACUCCGCUGACUUCAGUGGUGGUGAUCUUGCACGGUCGAUGUUGUACCAAUGUGAAUUGCUGGAAACAUCAGCUGUUUCGCUCUUCUUUCUGAGGAUCCUUUGGAGAGCUGACCCCAAGAAGGAAGUUGAAACCUUUGAAUUAGCCACCGUUACGUACGGAACGAAACCUGCGCCAUUCUUAGCGACCAGAACGUUGAAACAACUAGCCAUCGACGAGCAUCAUCGAUUCCCAGCGGCAUCCAAGGCAUUGGAGGAGGACGUUUACAUGGACGAUGUAAUAACCGGUACGGAUCUAGAAGAAGAUGCUGUCAAGUUGUGUGUAGAUCUCAUCAAGUUGACGAGUAGCGGAGGUUUUCGUCUAAGGAAGUUCGCAUCCAAUUCAGCUGCGGUCUUGAGAGAGGUGGAUUCGGAAGAUCUGGCCCUACAACAAACCGAAGAGAUAAAUCUAGAUCCUGAUCCAGCAGUAAAGACCCUCGGAUUGGUUUGGCUCCCACGCACCGAUCACUUUCGGUUCAAUUUCAACAUUGAAAGAGUUCCCAUGGACGAGCGAUUAUCCAAACGAAAAAUCCUGUCAGCCAUAGCUAUGCUAUUCGAUCCCCUGGGACUUGUAGGAGCGGUAACAGCUAGUGCGAAAAUCUUCAUGCAGCGUUUGUGGCGACUACAAGAAGACGGUAACAGAUUAGACUGGGAUCAUCCUGUACCGGUGAACGUAGAACAAGAGUGGCGAAAUUUCUACGACCAAUUACCUAUCCUGAACGCUCUUAAGAUUCAACGUUGUGCAAUCAUUCGUAAUGCAAUCAAGGUGGAAUUGCAUUUCUUUUCGGAUGCAUCGGAGCGCGCGUAUGGGGCGUGCGCAUAUAUAAGGAGCGUCGACGUCGAUGGAAAGUCCUACGUAUGUCUACUAGCAUCGAAAUCCAAGGUGGCACCGCUGAAAUGUCAAUCCAUUUCGAGACUGGAGCUUUGCGGAGCACCUUUAUCGGCGGAACUAUCCAGCAAGGUACGGGCGGCGCUUAAGAUGCAGGUCGACAUGCAUUUUUGGACGGAUUCAACGUGUGUUCUUCAGUGGUUGAAGGCAAUCCCGUCUACAUGGUCAACAUUCGUGGCUAACCGUGUUGCGAAAAUACAAACCAUUACCGAAAACUAUCCAUGGAGACACGUUCCUGGCUUGCAGAAUCCAGCAGACCUCAUCUCACGUGGUAUGGACCCAGAACAGAUAGAGGGAUGCGACCUUUGGUGGAAGGGCCCUGAAUGGUUAGGGCAAAGUCAUUUCCCGGAGCAGCCAAGAACCCUGGAAUCACAAGUAGCUGAAGAGGAAGUCCGUCGUUCAGCACACCCAGCCGCCAGUUGUGUAGCACAUUUUGGAGAAGAGUAUGUGCUAAAAUUCUCGUCCUUCACUAAACUUAUACGCAGCACCGCAUACUGGAUGCGAUUUAUGCGUAUACUGAGAAAGUCCGAAGACAACCGCAGCAGUUUACUGACCGUAGAAGAGUUGAGAGAUGCAGAGUUUGCAAUUAUUCGUCGUAUCCAACAAGAGUCUUUCCCUAAUGAGUGGAAGGCUUUAACGAAGAAAGAAGCUGUUCAUCGAAGUUCACCGCUGAGAUGGUUCACGCCACACAUAUCAUCGGACGGCCUAAUUCGUGUUGGAGGAAGAUUAGGCAGAUCACUGGAAUCGGAAGAUACGAAGCACCCGAUUGUGCUUCCAGCAAAACACCCGUUCACUACGAUGAUAUACGAAUAUUACCAUAUCAAGCUUCUACACGCCGGUUCUCAACUACUUCUUAGUACAGUUAGGCUGAAGUAUUGGCCUCUUGGAGGCAGAAAUAUACCGCGACAAGUUGUCCAUAAAUGUAUGAAAUGCUUCCGCUCUAAACCAAAUCCAAUUGAGCAAUUUAUGGGUGAGUUACCCCAAGCACGCGUGACAGUAGCUCGAGCCUUUUCAAGGACAGGCGUCGAUUAUUUCGGACCGAUAUAUGUUCGUCAAGCUCCCAGAAGACCAGCGGUCAAAGCUUAUGUGUCGGUUUUCAUCUGCCUUUGUACGAAAGCGGUUCAUCUAGAACUUGUAUCCGACUUGUCAACGGAUCGUUUCCUUCAAGCCUUACGGCGGUUCAUCGGGAGAAGAGGCUACUGUUCCGAUAUCUAUUCGGACAAUGGAACGAAUUUCGUCGGAGCACGAAGCUACCUUCGAGAGCUACUAAAGUUGCAACGCAGUGAUCAACAUAAAGAAGCAGUUUCGAAGGAGUGCGCCAACAACCAUAUCCAAUGGCACUUCAUACCACCAGCCGCGCCCCAUUUCGGAGGACUUUGGGAAGCAGCGGUCAGGUCAGCCAAAAAACAUCUCCUGAAGGUUCUAGGGGAAAAUCCUAUCCCGUUCGAAGACAUGACUACGCUCUUAGUACAGGUGGAAAAUUGUCUCAACUCGAGACCAAUCACAGCUUUAACAGAUGAUCCUGACAACCUCGAACCCCUUACACCAGGACAUUUCCUUAUCGGAGAACCAUUUCAACAACUGCCUGACAGAAGUUACCGUGAAGUACCCAUGAACAGAUUGAAUCAGAGUCAGACAUUGCAGAAGCGGCUUCAACACUUUUGGGAUCGUUGGAGAGUUGAGUACUUGACACAACUUCAGGGGCGAUUUAAAAGAUGGAAGAAGCCGAUCGAUGUUGAAGCUGGACAGUUGGUGAUCAUCAAAGAGGAUAAUUUGCCGCCAAGUCGUUGGAAGAUGGGCAGAAUAGAACAAGUUCAUCCUGGAGCUGAUGGAGUCGUGAGGGUGGUAACCUUGAAAACAGCAUCAGGACCGUCUACGCGACCGGUAGAAAAACUUUGUUUUUUGCCAGCAGCAUCUCAACCAGAAUACAAUCAAGCUUAG